AUGGCAAAGGGACUUGUGAAAGGCUUUGUCUCCAAGCCGCGGCCGCCGUCACGCCAAGGCAGCAAUGCUACCUCCCUCGAUUGUACGCCAACUGCUGCGGUAGUCAGGACGCCUGGCAUUCGUCGCCGAAUCUUCCAAGAGGCUCGACACCACCUAGAUGAGAAGAAGUCUACAGCUUCCAAUUCAAAAAAUGCAUUGCUGAAAACUGCCGCAGAGUCAUUGACGCAAUCCAUUAGGGAAGCAAGACUUGCGCAAGCCGUCACCGAACAAAUCAUGGGAUUAAAGCCCACAGCUGGUAGCAAAGCUCCAAAGAAUGACAUCGCACAAGUGCGACGGCUCCUCCACAACCUCGAGGCGGACUCGGGUGAAAAGCGCAUUGACACCAGGACUUUACGCCAAGUCUUGGCUGACGUAAAGGCCGCCCUAAGUGCAGCGCGCCUCAGCAAUAAGUUGCAGGAGGCGGAACACAUCUUAAGGAAGGUGCAUGAGCUGGAGGCUUUGAUUGAAGCCAGCGAAAGUGAGGAGGCUUCUGCGAAGCUUGCGCAGGCACUAUGCAGCGCCAGGGCCGAGGGCACAAGUCCAGCCACGGCCACGACGAACCAGGAGUUUGUUGAGCCUAAGCCGCCGGUGUCGGCUCUCGUCCCAGGUCGGAAGAGCAGCCAUGGCGAAGAGAUGGCCAGAAGAACCUCGACACGAUCGCAUCUUCGCGACAUGCUGAGGACUUCAGCUGGGUGGGUCCGGCUUCCACCUCCCUGUGACUGCCAACCGGAGUCCGCAGCAGAACCAGCAGAGCAAAAAGAACCAGGCCUUCGCAGACGCGAGAGUUGGCUGAAGUGGUGGCCGGAGCAUGCCUUCUCUGAAGGCUAUGCGUUGCAUCAGCAAGAAGCGUUCUUCGAACGUUUGCCGAAGGAAAAGCUGAAUUCGGAAGAGAUGCAACUGCGCGACGCGAUCAUCGACUUCCUGGAGAAAUGGAAGGGAAAGGAUAUGGCCUCUUUGGACGACAUUGUUCAGGAUCCCUUCGUUUCGGAGUGCAUCCGUAGCACCUUGCCAGAGAGCGUUCUUUUGGAGGACUGGCUUCGCCGUCGACAGCGCCUUGGUCGACGCGCAGCGCCGGUGUCAAGACUUGAAGCACCGAAGACCCCUAUGGCAAGGUGGAAGAAGGACCAGAUUAUUUCAGACCCUCUUGAGCCGGAGCAAAGACGGAAGUUCCAACGUCGGGACUCCACGGAACGUCGACCCAGUGGAGUGUUUGGCCUCAACUUCUCGGUCAGCGAUGCUGGGCAAAUCUGCGGUCGCGUAGCAGGGGACGACGAAGACAUAUGCGACCUGCCAUGGCCAACAACAUCCGUAGUCCCAGACCAAAAGUCUUUUCAAUGGAUACGCGAAGUAGGUGCUGGUACACGACGACUGCUGCCGAGUGUGACUUCACGGGCCAGUGGGAUGGUCCUAGAGGAGGUCAUGGCCUGGCGCUUUCGCCACCGGUACCGCACUCGACGAGUGGAGCCAGUGCUGCAGAGAAUGUGGCAGACAUAUCGAUCAGCGAAGCGGCCGUCCACCUCGCCGAGCUGGGACUAUGCAUGGUGGAAUGGCCAAGUGCAGUACGACGUUGCUGAGGGAGUUCCGGAGUAG